AUGAUUGAGACAUAUAACACUUGGAACCAUCACGGGGAACAGUUAGACAAUGCAUCGUCUUCAAAGGCCACAGGAGUGGACAAUGUUGAACCUAUUGUGGAUCCUAAUGAACAAGUCAUGGAUAUUAUAAAUGAUACUUUUCCAUUUGCAUCGACCAACAUCAAUCAGGAAGGGGAAGAUGACAUGCCUAUACCAAUGGACAGUGCAGAGUUCGAACAAUAUGAAAAACUAUUAAAAAAUACCAACCAAGAGUUAUACCCAGGGUGCGAGAGCUUUUUCGUUUUCAAGGCCAAUGUGGAGCUAAUGCACGGAAAAAUAAAGUAUUAUUACAUGAUGAUGACUGUUUUCAUAACUGAGGAUCCUGGUAAGUCAAUUGAUGUUUACUUAAGGCCAUUGGUUGAUGAGCUCAAGGAUUUAUGGACAAACGGUGUGCGCACAUAUGAUAAAUCUACUGGGAAGAUGUUCAUUUUGUGGGCAGCAGUUAUGUGGACUGUGAAUGAUUUUCCGGCAUAUGCAAUGGAAGAUAUAACUUCUGGUUGGCAUGCUAGAAAAGUUUGUUACCUUGGUCAUCGGAGAUGGUUGUCAUGGAACCACGAGUGGCGGGAAAAGGAUAAAGAGUUUGACGGGAACAUAGAGCAUCGCCUCAGACCUAGAGAAUGGUCUGGUGAUGAGAUCUUGGAACAGCUUAACCAUUUGGAUUUUGCCCCGUUCGGGAAAGCAGUUAGUCGGACCAGACCUUCUACACAUAUGAACUGGACGGACAAGCCUAUGUUUUUUGAGCUCCCAUAUUGGUCGAAACUAAAAUUGAGACACAAUCUCGACGUUAUGCAUGUUGAGAAAAAUGUCUUUGACACAUUGAUGGGCACGAUUCUAGAUAUCGAGGGCAAGACAAAAGACACGAUCAAAGCUCGUCUUGAUUUGGAAAGAAUGGGCAUACGAAGGGGUUUAUGGAUGAAUAGGGACAAUGAUAAAUUUCCUGAUGGGUAUGCUUCUAAUAUCACGCGUUGUGUGAAUGUUGACGGGGGUAAAUUUGCUGGACUAAAGAGCGAUGACUGUCAUGUGUUUAUGCAACACCUACUUCUUGUUUGUAUUCGACACUUAUUGCCGGAAGAUGUAGUGAAACUAAUCAUGUUGUUGUCCAGAUUUUUUUCCCAACUGACGGCAAAAACGUUGCGAAAGACAGAAAUUAAUCAGUUGCGCCAUGACAUUGUCCAAGUCCUAUGCAAGUUUGAGAUGAUAUUCCCUCCCGCUUUCUUCACAAGUAUGAUCCACGUGAUGGUUCACUUGCUAGAAGAGGCAUUGCUUUCUGGUCCUGUCAACUAUCGCUGGAUGUAUCCAAUAGAAAGGCUUCUCGGAGAGUUGAAAAAAAGUGUACGCAACAGAGCGAAGCCCGAAGGAUCAAUUAUAGAGGCUUGGGUUCAUUAUGAGUCGCUUACUUUCUGUGGAAUGUAUUUAAAAGAUGUGGAGAUGGCUUUCAAUCGUCCUCAGCGCAAUAAUGACGGAGAUGAGCAUGAAGAGAUGAUGAAGCGAGAACAUCCAUCACAAUUGUAUGCCAAGAAACACCGUGAAUUGUUUCUACAAUGGUUUUUGGAAUAUGUGAAUAAGUUGAAAUCAUCGAAUUCCCCCACUUACAGUGAAGAGUUAUAUAACUUGGCAUUCGGCCCAAUUCGUGCUGAAUUGUUCUCGGGUGGAGGCGAAAGUACGGACAUUGAUUUCUAUGGCAAACUCACAACUGUCGUGCAAUUGCUUUACAAAGACCGAUACCAAGUGAUCAUGUUUAAGUGUCGAUGGUUUGAUACAAACCCAAAUAGGCAGGGAAGUGUUAAAAUCGACCAUGGCUUACUAUCUGUGAACAUUAACAUAACUUGGUAUGAUGAUGACCCUUACAUUUUGGCAAACAUGGCAACCCAAAUUGUGUAUCUAAAUGACCCUAAAGCCGGGAGUGGUUGGAAAGUUGUUCAAAAGAUGGAUCAGAGGAACGUGUAUGCUAUACCAGAACUAGACCCAACUGACAACGACGUCGACAACGUCAUUGACCAACGUUUAGAAUCUUCAAUGGAAAAUGAUACGGAAAUUCUUCGAGAUACAAAUGCUAUACAAGAAUUGUUUCAGAUACACGGGUGUCUUCAAUCGAAAUACCGAUUCAGUCAAUUACAAUUGACGUCGGUGAUCUUCUGCGAUACGAUGUUGCAGUGGGCCUGA